AUGAAGAGGCAAGAGGAAAUUGUUACUUUUAAGCAGGCAAAUGAUGAGAGUCUGACCGAGGCAUGGGAGCGCUACAAGGGGUUGUUGAUGAGAUUCCCAAGUCAUGGUCUUGAGGAUUGGAACGUGAUCAUUAUUUUCUUCAAUGGAAUCAAAAGGGAGUUCCGGGGUGCCCUUAAUAAUGCUUCGCGGAAUGGUUUCACAAGCAUGGAGGCACCAGCAGCAUAUGAUCUAGUAGAGAAGAUAUGUUCAGAAGCCACUGAAUGGGGUAGUGAGAGCAGUAUUCGAAGAGGAGGAGGCUUGCAUGAGGUUGAUAGAGCUACAAGUCUAAAAGCCAAGAUAGAUGCCAAGUUAGACUCUAAGUUCGAUGCACUCGAACGAAUGUUGGCCAAGAUUGCUCUGGGUAGACAAGAGGAGGUUGCUUUAUGUGAACUUUGCGAGGGUGCUCAUCAUAGGGAUAUGUGUCCACUGGGAGCUGCUCAGUUGGAAGAUGUCCAGUAUAUCAAUAAUUUGCGAAGUCAAGGCCAUGGUGGUAUGUAUUCAAAUACAUACAACCCUCAAUGGAGACAUAACCCCAAUAUGUUAUGGUCAAACAAUAAUCUAGCUAGUGUUCGAAACAUCCCACCUCCCGGUUUCCAGCAACAACAACCUCAAUCAGAGAAGAAGCCCCAGUUAGAGGAGUUGAUUUUGGCUCAUAUGCAGAAAACAGAAAAUAAUUUCAAGGGUCUAUAUCAAUUUGUCACUCAACAUCUGGCUAUCAACAACAACGUGCAAUCAUCUCUGCUAGCUAUGGAGAGGCAAAUAGGCCAAAUGGCUCAAACUUUGGCAGAUAUUCAAGGUAGGAUUCCGGGGACUUUACCAGCAAAUACCGAGAGGAAUCCAAAGGAUGCCAUGGUUGUAGCUGUCACAUUGAGGAGUGGAAAGGCCUUGGAGGAUCCAGAGAGUUCAAGGAAGUCAACAAAAUCAUAA